AUGAAGCUAUACAGCCUCUUUGCUGCCUUGCUUGGCCUAUCUCUCUCUGCAACUUGCCAGGCAGCCAAGUCGUUUUCGGCUUCGAACCUCUACUAUGCUGCUGGCUUAAACACCCAGCAGCAGACAUUCCUGUUCGAAGGUCUCCAGAGCGCUGGUAUCAAGGUUCUGCGCGUUUGGCUCGAUGGCCAAUCCGAAAGCCAGAAGGGCAGCAACAUUGACACUUUCAACCCUCUCCAAGGCGACAGUCCUGACGCCUGGGACGAAACAGUGCUCAACCGACUUGACAGCUUCAUGAACCGCGCCCAUGGCUAUGGCAUCAAGCUUCUCAUCUCCAUCCACAGCUACAACGCGCUCGAAGGAAACCGUGAUUUCUAUGGAAAGUGGUAUGGCACCGGAGACUUUUACACCAAGAACGAUGCCAUGACCUACUUCAAAACCCGUAUCGCACGCGUCCUUGGUCAUGUCAACCCUAACAACGGCAAAACAUGGGCGCAGAGCUCUGAGUAUAUCUUUGCAUUUGAGGCACAGAAUGAGGCCAUGCACCCCCAGGGCAAUCCAGCAGCUUUGGCGUCGUGGCAGUGCACUAUGGCCCAGUCGAUCAAGGACAACCUCAAAGGGAACUCCGAUAUCUUAGUUACAACCGGAGGUGGUGCCUACGUCGACAACUCUCUUCUGGAUCCUUACUUUAGCUGUGCCGCUCUUGACGUCCUUGCCAUCCACGCAUACGGUGUUGACGAUUUCGCCACGUCCAAGCUUCGACCGUAUGUCACUAAGGCCCAGAAUGCCGGAAAGAAGCUCAUCAUGCAAGAAUGGGGCGCUUGCUACACGGAUGCUCCCAAUCACGACUGCAACGGCGGAAGUCCGCUCGGCACUAGCACCAGAGAUUCGAACAUUCGCAACUGGGCCGCCAGUAUUGACGCUGCAGGGAUCCCGUGGUUCUACUGGCAAAUUCUUCCCAAUGCCGACCCCCACCAGGGUUGGGAUUACGAGGUGGGAAUCAACGAUGUGAAUUGGGAUGCAGUCAAGACAGCUGGCCUUGCCGCUGGUCAGGCCGAGUCUGCCUUUGACUUUGAUCGCUAUCUGUUGUAG